UUCUUUUUAACCCCCGGCGGCAGCAGCAGGUCUCCCCUUCCUCCCUCUCAUCCUCCUCCUCUUCCUCCCGUGCUUUCUCCUCGCCGGUGUGCUGUACUUGCGCUGCAGUGCGGGUGGGCGGCGGUGGUGUCGUCCUGAGGAUCUCGCGUGGGGCUUUGAAGAGGGUUCCAGUCUUGUGACCCACAGUCAGUCUUGUGAAGAAAGUCCUGUCUACUGUGCUGUCACCUUCACCAAAGAACAUGGACAAGUUGAUGUCAGAAAGGCCUGUUUCUGUGUCUAAGGAUGAAAUGCCGAGGCUUCCUCCCCAGCAGAAGCCAGAUAUGAACUCAUGCCCUCAUGCACCUGGCAAAUAUUUCCUCCCUGGUGGGGGUGACAAUGAGAACUGCAAGGCUAAUGACAAGGAAAGGGAGUGGAUCCGCCCUGAUACACCUAGCAAAUGCACAUGGAAGCUUGGGACACCCCCCUCUGCCUCCCCUCAUCGUCAUACCACUCUGCCAGAACCUCUGAAAAUCCUGCCAAGCAUCCUCAAUAAAGUUGGCAAUACACCCUUGGUACGAAUCAACAAGAUUGGGAAGCAGUAUGGGCUCAAGUGUGAACUCUUGGCAAAAUGUGAGUUCUUCAAUGCUGGGGGCAGUGUGAAGGACCGUAUCAGCCUGAGGAUGGUAGAGGACGCUGAAAAGGCUGGGAUCUUGAAGCCUGGGGACACUAUCAUAGAGCCAACCUCUGGAAACACAGGAAUUGGACUGGCCUUGGCUGCAGCAGUGAAGGGUUACCGCUGUAUCAUUGUGAUGCCAGAGAAAAUGAGCAUGGAGAAGGUGGAUGUCCUGAGAGCUCUUGGUGCCGAGAUUGUGAGGACCCCAACUACUGCCAGAUUUGAUUCUCCUGAAUCUCAUGUGGGAGUAGCCUGGAGACUGAAAAAUGAAAUCCCCAAUGCACAUAUACUAGACCAGUACCGUAAUGCUAGCAACCCCCUGACGCACUACGACACCACAGCUGAAGAGAUCCUGCAGCAGUGUGACGGAAAAAUAGACAUGCUGGUGGCUACGGCUGGCACAGGAGGUACUAUCACUGGCAUCUCCAGAAAGCUAAAAGAGAAGUGUCCAGAUUGCAAAAUUAUAGGUGUUGAUCCUGAAGGCUCCAUCCUUGCUACACCAGAAGAACUGAACAAGACUGACAAGACAAUGUAUGAAGUAGAAGGAAUUGGAUAUGAUUUUGUGCCCACAGUGUUGGAUAGAUCUACAGUGGAUCAGUGGUACAAGAGCAACGACGAGGAGUCAUUUACUUUAGCGCGCAUGCUGAUCCGAGAGGAAGGACUGCUGUGUGGUGGCAGCUCAGGCAGUGCCAUGUCUGUAGCUCUGAAGGCAGCCAAAGAGCUGAAGGAGGGUCAGCGUUGUGUUGUUAUCCUCCCUGACUCUAUCCGGAACUACAUGUCCAAGUUCUUGAGCGACAAAUGGAUGAUUCAGAAAGGGUUCAUGAAAGAAGAAGACGACCUUGUCAAAAAACCUUGGUGGUGGAACAUCAGUGUUCAGGAACUCAAGCUCUCUGCCCCUCUGACUGUGCUUCCUACUGUUACCUGUGCAAAGACUGUUGAAAUUCUCCGGGAGAAGAGAUUCGACCAGGUACCAGUUGUUGAUGAAUCUGGAGCGAUUUUAGGCAUGGUUACCCUGGGUAACAUGCUGUCUUCACUGCUUGCUGGAAAAGUUCAGCCUUCUGAUGAAGUCAGCAAAGUAAUCUACAAGCAAUUUAAACAGACAGAUAAUCAAGCAUCAGGUGGAAAUGUGAUAAACCUGACAGACAACUUGGGGAAACUCUCUCAUAUCCUGGAAAUAGACCACUUUGCUCUAGUGGUUCAUGAACAAAUUCAAUAUCACACUGAUGGUUCCUCCAGUAAGCGGCAAAUGGUGUUUGGCAUCGUCACAGCCAUCGACCUGCUUAACUUUGUGACAGCACGAGAACGGGGAAGAAAGUCCAACUAAUGUCAAGAAGCAAUGUGGAGCCUCUUCAACAACACUUUGCAAUCUCCAACAAAGAAUCAGGUUUAUUUCUUAGGUAGAAUGGUCUGUCCUUAGGGUGUUUUUGUUUUUUAAAUUCUGAAAAUAAGCAGUUAGCUAUCCUGGUGUCAGCUAUACAGUCAGUGCAUUAUGCUGUAUUGCACAGCUUCUGGGGACUUGUUUCUUAAUCGGGUUACACAUAUUUCUUAUCAAGACAAUUUAUUUUUUUACCUAUAUAUAUAUAUGUUAAAAUAUUGCCUAAAUUAACCGGUAAGUUCCUAACUUGUUAUGUCUAAAGUCUGGCUUUCCAAAAUGUUUCACAUUCAUGUAAUGUGUUGAAAUAAAGAGUUACUGGAGGAGGGGCCCAAGAGAGCUCUGGAAAGUUUUGGAUUUUUUUUUUUUUUCAUGCAGGAGUGUUAAGUUAGGUAAUACUGGUGUGGAGACAAAAAUAGAACUGGGACACGGAGAGAGGAAAGGGGAGUUUCUCUUUGAUGAGAUUGGUGUAAAACAGGAGGAAGCCCAGAGGGCUGGAGUUGGGGCUUGUUUCAACCAACUGCUCUGAGGAAAAACUGACUUGAGUAGAAGCCUGACGGUGAAGUGACAAACAAACUAAUGACUUUUGUUUUGCACAGUGCACCUGCUUUUACUGCAAAGACAGACCUUUCUUUUUUUAACCCAAUUGUUAGCACAAGUGAAAAGAUUUAAAAGAUCAAGCUUCUCGCCUAGAGGUUUUUGAAAAUCACACAGUUUCAUCUAGUACCUUCCCCUUACCUUUGCACCCUCUUAUUUAUCUUAUAGUGCUUCUUUUUAUGCCUGUUUUAGAAAAGCCAAAGGUAAUCUGUCAAGAACUGUAAACUCUUUAAAGUCCUGUUCAAGUGCUCCUACACUGUAGUGCCUUAUUCCAGGAGAAAACCCCUACUAUUAAGUGAAUGCACUGUAGCCAAGCUUGGAAGUAACUGGCAAACAUGGUGUAGGCUGGUACUCAAAAGUACACAAGAAUACCAUGCACUAGGUGUAUGCAGCUACGGCUUUUCACCACUUCUUUAACUCUGGAUUUUUCAGUAAUGUUUGACUUGUGUAGCCAUGGCAGGGGUUGGCACUGGCAGCCCCAUCCAUACACUGCUACGCUCAGACUACCGGCUGCUCUUGGUGGCAAUGAUGAGUGGAAUCAGCCUCGGGUAACAGAAGAAAAGUAGCCGUUCCUCAUCUUCAUAAGGACUGCUCUAAUAAUCUUCUGACUGGCCUUUUUCCAAGAAUAAAGUUUUUGAUCAGUAAGAGUAAUACUACUUAGCUUGUCUCUCCACUGAAGUAGAAGAAUGCUACUUAGGCUGGGGCUAUUGCUGCUAGGAUAGCAAAGUUGGGUUGUUCUGUUGUGUGUUUUUCUUUCUUUAAUUAAAAAAAAAAAAGCUGAAGGGAGUUGUGACUCUGCUAAGAGAAAACAAAGGAACUAUUUAAAAAUCACAAUUACUACCUCCUAUAUAUAGAUUUCUUUCUACCUUGCUGGCCUCCCUGUGGCAGUGGAAUUUGCUGUAUAUUUUGGAAGUGUGGGCCCGGAGGAGGGAGGUGGUGGAAGCCACCCUGUCCUACGUCAGUGCUGAGCAAAGGACAUCAAGCAGAGCCUUUGCAUCUGUGCCUUGGGUGGUGCUGGCCUGGAGAAGGGAGGCAAGAGCUCAAAGCCAAAGAAGUGACAUCAGUGAUGGUGUCUGCCUGCCAGCAGUGCGACAGGUUUGUUUAAUAGCAGCUUCUCUCUCACCUUAAGUUUGUGAAUGUUAAGAACUUUGCUAUAAUAAUUAAAGCCUCAGACUGAUUUCUGAUAACUCUGUAAUGCCAUGCUGGUGAAUGAUACGUUUAUUCGGUUUAUUUCCUUAGAUGUUGGCUGCCCCUUUGGAUUAGGGCUAUUUCUGAAGUAAUAUGAAUCAUACUUACCUUUAAACUAUGGUUUAAUUAUUACAUUUAUAUACUUUAAGAUUUAAGACAACUUUUCUCAAGGCUCUGGAGUAAACUACUAUAAAGUCUAAAAAUAUACAACUUCAAUAAUAAUUGGUUUUAAGGUAUGAUUGAUUUUUAAUUUUUUUUUUUUUACCCUUCUGCUAUGCAGUGAUUCCUUUCUCUCUGUUUCCCCUCACUGUAGUAGCAACCCCAGCUUGGGUGCUUAGACUACUGAAAAGCUGAAGCUGAACUAGUGUGAGUAUGGGAUAUGUGUACCUGCGUGUUAAAGACACUCUUCUCAAAUCUGGAUUAGCUUUAGGCUGAAAAGCUCUCUCUUACCUCUGUUGCUGCUUGGCAGAGCCUAAUAACUUAUCUUUCAAACUGUAUUGUUUUAGCUGCUUCCCAAGGGGUCAUAAAUAACUUAGUGCAGUUAAGGGCAUGGUCUUUGAUCUUAGCACUUUUAACAUCCUUUAUGUUUCUCAGCAUAGAGAGAGUCUGUGAAUGGUCGGUUGUACCCCUUAAGACAUUAUUUCAGCCAACCUUCUAAACUCAUUUCCCAAUUAUUUCAAAUAGAUAUAUUUUCAUAUCUAGUCUUAAUGUAUAGAGGAGACUGAGAGGGAGUUAUUUCUUUGAUUACUUGUAUUUUCACUGUAUCCUUUGAUUCCCACACUUGUAAAAGAACCUGUAUGCUUCACUAGGUGCUACUAACUGGAGUGUUUGCUGCAAUCGUAGCCAUCACUGCUGAUAAAUUUUGGUGUUGCUGUUGCUUUUGAAAAUCUACCCUACUUGCUUUUAUCUGAUCUCCCCCCUGCCCCCUAUUUUUCAUCUGAUGGUGGUGGGGAGGGGAUGCUUAAAUAUAUGGGGCUUUUUCUUUUUCUUUUUGUGCCUGUAAAGGCUCUGUGUCCCAGCCUAGCCAAAUUUGGCAAGAAAUACAGGUAGGGUACAAGGAGAUUCCCAAAGUUGCUUUUCAGAACAGCAGUACAGGAGAGAAAUUAGAGUUGGGUCAGCAGAAGAUUAAUGGGUAGCUUUACCUGUGAUACGGAGAAAAGUGUCAAGAUUUAAAUUUGUUUUUUUAGUUUACUGUUCAUAAAUUAGUCUUUGUAGUGUCAGGAAAUCAGGUAGUAUUGCUGACAAAGAAAGAAGGGGUGGUUAGGGCUGGUAGGGAAGAGGGAAUGUGGGUCUAAAGCAAUCCAGAUAAGUCAAAGUAUCAAAGAAAUCCAUGUGUGCCACUCUGCUUGUGCGACUUGUUAAGAACCAGAGCUGUCCCCUUUUCUGCCCUGGCACAAGGAGAAAAUGGUGGUCACCAACUACUCUUACUCACAGCAGCAGCCCUGUUUUACCAGAGAAACUGGGGAAAUAGAUGGAGUUGCUGAAUGACUGAAAAACUUUCCAGAGCUCUUUCCUGUAGUAGGGAUGAAGGCAGCAAAGAGAGGGGGACAGGGAAUCCUGCAAAGCUGAAGUUUCUCUGAUGCAGAAGCUUAUGAGCAUGAUGCUUUUUUGUAUGUGUGAGAAUGUUGUUAAUUAGCCUGGUCCUGGUUAGUAGCGCUAGGGCUGGAUUAACGCUGGACUCAUCUCUUUGUUUCAAAUACUCCGAGGACCAAGAAAGACGCUGCAAUUUGUUUGUUUGGUCUUUAACCUGAAAUUCAAGUCCAGAGCUUGAACAGAACUGUAUUUUAUUCUGAAGUGGGUGCCUUGCAUCUUCUGUUCACCUGUGCUGCUUAUUAAGUGCUGACUAAGCCUGAAAACCGUUUUGCACGUGGGUAUUUUUAUCAACAAUUUAUGCUGUACUUGCUUGUCACUGUAAGAGAAUAUCAGUCCUUUUGGUCUAAUGUUGGCUCUGCAAAAAUACUUUUAUUUUCUCACCUGAAGACAAUUAUCCAGUAAAAUCUGUAUAAUAUUUUGCAAGCAGUUAUCAGGGCGAUGACUCAAGGGUCAUUCCGAAGUCAUUGCAUCCAGUAUUACUUCCCUCUUCUUCCACGAGCUGUGGCUGACUCCAGAGCUCUGUCUAGCUGAGGUUCCUCUGAGAAACCAGACCAGUCUCAUCUGGUCUGGAAAGCUAGUUGGUAAUGGUUUCUGAAAAAAGGCUAUUUGCUGUUACGAAUUUUACACAACAUGCUCACUGUCAGGGGUUGCCUGGCGUUGCCACUGCCAUCCAAUAGCCUUUCUUAUUGUGUAGUGUCAACACACUACCAUGACAAAGGGAAGACAUCUUAUGCUUUAAGGAGCUGGGAAAAAAUACUAUGUGCUCUAUUUAUUGCACAAAUGUUCACAAAUGUACAAUAUAAAGAGUUCAAUAAAAGCUGUUUGAUUGCA